GCGCCACCGCUGGCCACUCUAACCGCCGCAGCUAACUUCUCCUUCUUCUCCUCUUCUUUAAACACUGAACCAAACACUGAACCAGUAGAAUACAGCCCAUGUCUCUCUCGUUCUUUCUCGUUCGCAGAACAAAGCAAGCUCAAGCUCCACCACCGCCGCGCCUCUCUCUCCUUUUAUCCCCCUCAGUUCUGGCUCGCAUACCUUCGCGCAAGCCCUAGCUCCGUGGCGACCAAAAUCGGUUCCACCGUCAGCCGCGGUUCCACCUCUCUCUUUCCCCCUGUUCGAACCGAUAGGAUGUGUGAACUAGGGUUUUGGUUUUGUGGCAGUGGUUGUUCAUCGGAGAGCCACUGGCGAUGCUCCUAUUCUCAAGCAUUCUAAAUUCAAGGGUUCCUGUUCAUGGCCAGCCUGAAAAUAUCUAUGAUCAGAUCAAGGAUAUUAUCAUGGAGUAUAUUAGGCCUGAAGAGAGCAUUAUUCUGAAUGUUCUUUCUGCUACCGUUGAUUUUACUACUUGUGAAUCCAUAAGAAUGUCUCAAUCUGUGGAUAAAACUGGUUUGAGAACCUUGGCUGUUGUAACAAAGGCUGAUAAGUCUCCUGAAGGCUUGUUGGAGAAGGUAACUGUUGAUGAUGUUAACAUUGGUCUUGGUUAUGUCUGUAUCAGGAACAGGAUUGGCGAUGAAUCUUAUGAAGAGGCGAGGAUUGAAGAAGAGAGGCUUUUUGAGUCUCAUCCAAUGCUUUCAAAGAUUGACAAAUCCAUUGUUGGUGUUCCUGUUCUGGCACAAAGGCUAGUUCAAGUUCAAGGCAUGAUCAUAUCCAAAACUCUGCCCGAAAUUGUGAAGAAAAUCAAUGAGAAGCUGACUUACAAGCUGACUUAA